AUGAUACCUAGAAAAUACAAGUUAGGUUUUGAAAAAAGAAAACAAAAAAAGAGAGAAGAAGAAUUGGUUCGAUCUUUAGCAGGAUCUGUUGAUAGAUUUUUGCCUAGUAAACAAAGAGGUGGCUCAACAUCUAAUGUUGAAGAAGAAACAAAUCCAUCAGUCCUGAGUGAUAAAGAAGAAGAACCAGUUGGUGAUAAAGAAGAAGAAAUUAGAGUAGGUGAUGACGGUGAUCAAUAUGAGGAAGAAGAAAUUCUUCCAAUAGGUGAUAAAGAAUUUGGGCCAUUAAACAUUUACGAUCUAGGAAAUUGGGAUAAUAUUAAUCAGAAGUUUAGGGACCUAUUAAUAGAAAAAGGUCCAAUUAGAAUUCUUGAUAUUGAUUUUGGUGUUGAUCACCUUGGUAGGCAUUUUUCAUCUAAUCAUUAUGAACGAGUGUUAUUGAAUGGAGAGAAACAAGAGAGGAAAUGGCUUGUAUAUUCUGUUUCUAAGGACAAAGUGUUUUGCUUUUGUUGUAAGUUAUUCAAGCAAGAUCAUAACACUUCCCGAAUGACAACGGAUGGAUUUAAUGAUUGGAAACAUCUUAGUGAACGACUUAGAACUCAUGAAACUAUUAGUGAACACCUAGUUUGCAUGACCAAAUGGAUAGAAUUACAAGUUAGGUUGAGAAAACUUGAAACAAUUGAUAAGAGUGUACAAGAACAAAUAGAUAGGGAGAAAGAGCAUUGGAAACAAGUGUUAAAAAGAAUAAUAGCCCUUGUAAAAACUCUUGCAAGAAACAAUUUAGCAUUUCGUGGUCAUAGGGAGAAGCUUUAUGAAGGGAGAAAUGGAAACUUUUUAGGUUUUAUUGAGAUGAUUGCAGAGUUUGAUCCAAUCAUGCAAGAACAUAUUCAACGAAAUGAGUUGAUCCUACUCUUAGCUAAUGAAAUUAAAAGUGCAAUUAUAGGAAGAGUAAAAAAGGCAAAAUAUUUUUCUGUUAUACUUGAUUGUACUCCUGAUAUAAGUCAUGAAGAAUAA